ACGUUAUAACCUAACAAUUUAUCCACACCUAACGUAUGAAGAAUAGAAAUGAAAUUUCGAAUCAUCGAAUCCCUCGGAAUCGCGACGAUUUUUUAAAUGACAAGACAAAUCGGACCGAUUCGCCGCGUUAUUUUGACUAAUUAAAGAAUUGUAGAUCGUCCCCUCAACUGUUACUCAACAACCUUUUUCUGCAGCGGUCAACAGUCUUUUCGAAAGACGGGAAUACACUCAUGCAACGACUUUCAUCGGACGGUGAGAAUAUCGACGCCGCACUGCAACUUUGACGCCGGGCUAGAAGGUAGCAUUAUAGGUGCAUUUUUCCCUGCUUUGUGAUCAACGCCAUGAUUAACAAGUCGAAACAUGGAUACGAGGAGGGAAAACCGCUUCUGGUUUUGUCGCUGGAUUCGGAAAACCUGAGACUAUAUCAACCCGAAUGUGAAACAGCGGUGACGAAAGGAGCUGCAAAUUAUCUGGGCCGAUGGCCAGGCCACGUAUUUGCAGCGUUCGUUUCUGGUUUUCUUGUUAUCACGACUUUUGUACUCCUCGGAAUUGUCACGGCGAUGUUCACGAUAACGCCGAAUGAAAAAUGCCGAAUAUCGAGAAACAGCGAAGUCGACGAAGUGCCUAACGUUUAUUUCAUAAAACACGAAAAUCGCACGUGGAAUACAAGGGAAUUAUGUUACAUAGAGAACACAGCUCGAACUCACGAGAAUCUCAGUGUUUACUUGAUCAACUUAUCGUCUGGUAAAGAGAUCGAAGAGAAUUUAUCCGAACCGUUGAAUCAACUGCGACAAAUGAUUGCCGGAAGAAACCCUCGCGUGACUUCAAAAUCCGUGAAGAAUAUUUUGAGCCGAUAUAUAAUUGAACCUCGUGUGACAAAAGGUUCUUUAGGAGAUAAAAAAAUGAGGGAAAAAUUGACGAGCUCAUUGUCUAACGUAAAGAACAUCGAAGUACCGAUCGGACGAUUUUUCAACGGAUCGAGGCUUGCAAAUGUCUGUAACCAUCUGAGUAAAGAGAUGCUUGAAAUGGCAGCGAGAGCAUACAUGCUGUGGAAUUUUCCCGGUGUAGCAUUGGACCCGGCGUUUAGUCCAAACUUGGAUUCGUUGAAGGAAUAUCUGUGCAGGGACGAUGGCGGGCGAAAUACCUGCGCCGCGAAGGACAGCGUCGCUGCAAUCGAGCUAAACGGAGAUGUUCAGGCUGCUUCAGUUCCCUGUCAGGCUUUCAUCGGCGACCUGAUCCGACAAAUAGCGGCAAAAGGGUCUCCGGAUCAACGAAGGGUGAUGCAAAAGGCGAUAAACAAUUUCUGCCCUAGAUCCUCACGAUGUUUGGGCGUAAAAAUAUUGAAUCCCUUAGACGCACUGACAUCAUCGAUGGAAAAUUUAAACUGCCCUACGAUACUUUCGAAAAUUGAGGGUACAGAGACUAAGACUGUAAAAGAAACGCUUGCGGCAACGUCGAACAGGUCACGAGUACCUAUCACGCCUGGCAAAAAUCGCAUGCAACGUUUGCGACAACUAUUUCCUUGGUACCUCAGCCUACGUGAUACUUUUGGGCCUGAUUGGAACGGUUUCGACAUUAUUCGCAUUAUGAACUCUAAACCUCCACUUAGAUGCGCUAAUCGACAAAGAGGCGGAGGCGACGUCGUUCCAACCGACAUCGAAAGGGACUUGAAGCUGAUGACUUCGAUCCUCGGAAUAGAACAUUACACCUUAAUAAUGCUAGGAGCGAUAACGGAAUACCCGAUGCUUCACACGCCGUGGCUCCUGAUGCAACUUUGCGUUAUACUGGUCGAGGUAAUCGUAUUUUUCGUGCGACUAUUCCUAGACGGAUUGCACGUGAAACGGGAUGAAAUUUUACUCGCUUUUCUCGCUGUACACAACUGGCUUCAAGUGUUUUGUCUAUUCCACAGACAAGCUCGUCAUCCGACCUUCUGAUUUUAA